AUGCGCGGCCAGACGAGGACCGCCGCACGCCGAGCCGCCGCACGCGCACGCACACGCGCCCGCUCCUCCUCCUCCUCCUCAUCCUCGCCCUCAGCCAGCGACUCUGAGAGCGUAUCCCUCGCGCGACCCGCCAAGCGUCGCAAAACAGCCUCUUCCUCCUCAACUUCCAAGCUCGAUGCCUAUCGCGCCCUCCUCCUCCUCCACCAGCAAAAACCCACCGCCGACCUCACCACCCCCAGCCUGCCGCCGACGCGCUGCCACACGCUCGCGUACCAUGUGCCUCUACUACUCCUCGUCGACGGCGGCCCUCGCGCCGCCUUUCUCUCCUGGUUCGACUCUGUGAGCUCCGCCCGCGCCAUGCCCUGGCGUAAACCCUGGAUCGACCCGUCCUCCUUUGCCUCUCCGUCUGAGCUGCGCGCCGCUCUGGAGAAGCGCGCGUACGAGGUCUGGAUCAGCGAGAUUAUGCUGCAGCAGACGCGCGUCGCCGUCGUGGUGGAUUACUGGAAGAGAUGGAUGUCCAAGUGGCCUACGAUUCACGACUUGGCUGCCGCUGACACGGAUGACGUGCUCGCGGCGUGGCGAGGCCUGGGAUACUACAGCCGCGCGACGCGCAUCCACACAGCCGCCCAGCUCGCCGUCGGUGACCCCUCCAUGCAAGGUCUUUUGCCUUCUUCCGCGGCAGACCUCGCGGAGAAGAUCCCCGGCGUGGGGCGGUACACAGCCGGCGCCAUCUCGUGCAUCGCGUUUGGACGGCCGGCGCCCAUGGUCGACGGCAACGUGCUGCGAGUGCUGAGUCGGCAGCUGGGGCUCUACGGAAACAUCAAGACGGAUAAAGCGGUCAUUGACUUGAUUUGGGCUGCGGCCGAGGCGCUCGUCAAUGCCGUGGCGCUCGACGGGGAGGAUGGGGAAGAGGUAGCGGCGGCGGAUACGAGAAGCGAUCGGCCGGGACGCUGGGGGCAGGCGCUCAUGGAGCUGGGCAGCACGGUCUGCGCGCCGAGGCCAGACUGCGGCGCGUGCCCGAUUACAUCGACGUGUCGCGCGUACAGCGAGGGUCUAGCCCUGCUGAGCAAGGAAAAGUCACGAGUGGGCGAGAAUGGCAUUGCGGACAUGGAGGAUCUGUGCGGGGUUUGCCAACCAUUCGACGACACCGACGAUGUUGAGAACCAGCCACCACCACCCGCGGUCACUAAAGGCGGCAAACAAGCCACACUGUCCGCAUUCUUUGCCAAGUCUGCUGUGCCCGCGAAGCCGUCCGCGAAACCAAAAGUCGACAUUGACGGGAUUGUGCGCCACGCUCGCCGGUUUCCCAUCAAGGCGGUGAAAAAGGCCGUCCGGGAGGAGGAGACGCUUGUGUGCGCGGUGGUCCGCGCCGACGGCCGGUACCUGAUCUGGAAGCGGCCGGCCAAGGGCUUACUGGCCGGCCUGUGGGAAUUUCCGAGCUCCUUGCUGGAGAAUCCAAAAGGUAGCAAGGCGGCUGAGCGCAAGAAGCUGGCGAGAGAAUUCGUGGAGGGGUGGCUCAACAAGGACGAGGUUGAGCAUGUGGGGGAGCUGGGGAGUGUGCCGUGGCUAUUCUCACACAUUAGACUUACAAUGCAUGUGCAUCUGUUCAAGAUAAAAGGGACGGAGGAUGCGGGCGUUGAAAGAACGACGGAGGCAAGGUGGUCGGAUAGUGUGGACACGGAGUCGAUGGGUACAGGAAUGCGAAAAUGCUGGGAGUUGGUCAAGGAGGCUACAUGA